AUGGCUUCAGAGAACCCCUCAUCAGAGCAACCAAAAAUCAAACUCUACUGGCUCAACCAAUCCCGCUCCCAGCGCAUCCUCUGGCUCCUAGAAGAAUUAAAACUAGACUACGAGCUAGAAAUCAUCCACAGACUUCCCUCCAAACAUGCACCUUCUGAACUGAAGAAAGUUCAUGCAUUGGGAAAAUCUCCCGUUCUUACUAUUCUCCCUCCUGGAGCUAAGGAACCGGUCGUUUUGGCUGAGAGUGCUUUUAUCAUCGAAUAUCUUCUCGACCACUUCACCCACGGAAGCACUCUCCUUCCCACGCGUUGGAAACCUGGUCAAGAAAAUACCCUCUGUGGCGAAACAGAGGAAUGGACUCGGUUCCGCUAUUACAUGCAUUAUGCCGAAGGAUCCCUGAUGCCAUACCUCGUCGUCUCACUCAUCAUGUCCUUGAUUGAUUCCCCAAACCUCCCCUUCUUCAUCCGUCCCAUCACCGGCAUGAUAACCGGCAAAGUCCUCUCCACAUUCCUCGAACCAAAUUUCAACACCCAUUUCACAUUUCUCAAUGAACAAAUCCAGACUUCCCCAUCCGAUGGAAAAUAUCUCUGUGGUGAGCAUCUUACCGGUGCAGAUAUACUCAUGUCAUUUCCACUUGUAGCUGCUAAAAAGCGUGCUGGAUUGACGGAGGAGAAAUUUCCGGAAUUGUUUGCGUAUAUUGAGAGAUUGGAAAAUGAAGAUGGCUAUAAGAAAGCUGUGGAGAAGAUUGUGGAGAUCGAGGGGGAAUUUCAGGCGGUUUAG